UUUCAGAGGAGAAGCCACUGAACAGCUGACACCAAGAUCAAGAUGGGACCAAAUCCAGGCGGAGGGACCUGUGGAGGAGAUGCAGAGCGGAGUUUGGGUUACUGCGACGACACGGCCCUUAUCCUCAUCAAACACUGCCGCAACAUGAGGCGACAGGAUUUCUUCCUCAGACUCAUCAACCUGCUGGUGCUCACCUGUGCUGCAUUCUUCAUCUGCUCCAUCUGUGCCGGUUCAUGGACUCGUCAAAGCUCCGGGGAACAGACAAGCACCGAAGAGCAGCGUGCCGUCUACUUGAAGCAGGAGAGCCAGUUUCCCUCAGAACCUGCUACGACUAAAAACAACAACCAAGGAUUCAACAUUCAACUCAGGUCUCUGUCUGACCGUAACACUGAGGUGAAAAAGGUCAAAUGGGAGGUGGAGAAUUUAAACAUGCGCAACCAGUACAAGGAAGAGCGGCAAGCCAUCGUGAUUCCUCGCGAUGGCGUCUACUUCAUCUACGCCAGGUUUCAGUUGGCAUGCCACAAAAAUUUUCCAUUGAAGUUCAACCCAUUGUAUGUGGAGUUGGACUGGUGGAGUGAGGCUUAUGAUAAACCGCAGUUUCUCAUGCAAGUCAAGGACGGUUUGGCAUGCGAGAACCAAUCCAUGGGCGGGGGGUACAGGAACGUGUUUAUGGGGCAGCUCUUUAAUCUGACGACAGAUUAUCAUGUGAGUGUCAAUGUCUUGAGAGGCUACGAACUGAUCACCAUGGCUUAUUUCGGAGCCCAUCUUACAUAAAGUAUGUCAUUUCUGCCACGGGGGGGGGGGGUCUUAAUUAAAGCAAUCAACCAAAGACUUAGUGCGCCUCUGGUGGCAGAACAUGUGGCAAACGGUAAUGAUUUGUUGUGAUCAUACGCAAUAAAAUAAGCAAAACUAAAGACAACACACUGGAUAACAAGUAGAGGCGGAAUAUUUCCUUCCUCAUUCCUCAAUGAUAUUAAAGCACGUAGCCAAAAACAAACAGCUUGUUACUUGGAUACACAGAUUUACUGGAUUUAAAAUGUGUAGAUUAGGUUGUUUUUUUUCUAAUAGUAGUACAGUACGCAACUAAAUUUUUAACAUUGUUCUCAUUGUUUCUGGAUAUUUUAAUACAGACAUUUUACAUGUU